AUGGCCGUAGCAAUGGCCGCUUCGGGUAGUCUGGCGCGUCUAUCUGUGCAGCUCGAAUCGCCUUCCGAAGCUUCUGUUGUUUCGAAGCCGCCGACGUCUCUAGCAGCCCAACCUUCGCAACGCGCCGUCAUUCCGCAGGUCGCGGCAGCUGAACGCGACUCGUCCAACUUCUUCCUCUCCGUACUAGCGCUUUCGCUCGGCACCUCCGCUUUAAUCACAUUCGCCGGCGCUGGCCCCGCCGAAGCCGCCGAUGCAGCCGCCGCGACCGUAGCCGCCACCGGCGGAAGCGGAAGCGGAGCCGAUUUACCCGCGUCGCUUCUCUCAGCCGCGUCGCAGCUUGACCUACAUUCUUCAUUAGGUUGCCUUUCCGUGCCCCAUCCCCUUCCCUCACCCCAUCCCUUCCCUCACCCCAUCCCUUCCCUCAACCCAUUCCCUUCUCUUGCCCCAUCCCCUUCCCUCACCCCAUCCCCUUCCCUCACCCCAUCCCUUCCCUCACCCCAUCCCUUCCCUCAACCCAUUCCCUUCCCUCAACCCAUUCCCUUCCCUCACUCCAUCCCUUCCCUCAACUCAUUUCCUUCCCUCGCCCCAUCCCCUUCCCUCACUCCAUCCCCUUCCCUCACUCCAUCCCCUUCCCUCAUCCCAUCCCGUUCCCUUAAUCCAUCCCCUUCCCUCAUCCCAUUCCCGUCCUUCACCCCAAUCCCUUCCCUCACCCCAUUUCCUCCCUCAACCCAUUUUCCCUCCCUCUACCCAUUCUCUUCCCUCACCCCAUUCCCUUCCCUCACCCCAUUCCCUUCCCUCACCCCAUUCCCUUCCCUCACCCCAUUCCCUUCCCUCACCCGAUCCCUUCCCUCACCCCAUUCCCUUCCCUUACCCCAUCCCUUCCCUCACCCCAUCCCUUCCCUCACCCCAUUCCCUUCCCUCACCCCAUCCCUACCCUCCCCCCAUCCCGUUCCCUCGCCCUAUUCCCUUCCCUCAUCCCAUUCCCUUCCGUCACCCCAUCCAUUCCCUCACCCCAUCCCUUCCCUCACCCCAUUCCCUUCCCUCACCCCAUCCCUUCCCUCACCACAUCCCGUUCCCUCGCCCCAUUCCCUUCCCUCAUCCCAUUCCCUUCCGUCACCCCAUCCCUUCCGUCACCCCAUCCCUUCCCUCACCCCAUCCCUUCCCUCACCCCAUCCCUUCCCUCACCCCAUUCCCUUCCUUCGCCACGUCCCCUUCUCUCAACCCAUCCCUCUUUUACCCCAUUCCCUUCCCUUGCCUCACUCUCUUUCCUUGGUCCAAUCCCUUCCCCUACCCCAUUCCCAUUCCUCAUAA